AUGCGUGCAUCAGUAAGUGUCUCUCGACGCUCGUGCGACUGCUGGCAGCACGGCUUGUAAACAGUCAGUUGCUAGAACUUGUGCCGUGCGCUAGAACACUCCGUACAAGCGACCGCGAGCGGGAUGUUCUUGCCCAUCGUUUUGAUAACGUUAUCUGCGCUUUUGCACAGCGUCAACGCCGCCGGAUGUCGCGUGUACUUGAAUGGGAAUCUUACCCAAACACAUGCGCCACUACUUUUGAAGCAAGUCGACAACCACUACCAUCUACUGCAGCCUUCAGGGCCGUUCUUCGAAUGGCGUCGAGCAGAAACAAUAGUUGCUGGCUGCUCUCCGGCCAAAAACACGCUGACCAACACUGGCACUGAUCUGGCCACCAUCUCUUGCAUCGAAAACCAGGAGUUCAAUUUGGUUGGAUCUUCAAAACGCAUCUCUGUGAGUGAUGUUAGCUGCAGUUCGGCCGUUUCCGGAGCAAUACAACCUUCCAACAAGCUAUGCGCCAAUGGUGCUGGCCACCUAUAUGACGUAGGAUUCAGCAUCAAAGGGAAAGAAUUUAUCAAGCUCUUUCAGGUUUGCUACAACGCGACAAAAUCGUCCACCAUUUACAGCGAACAUCAAAUUCUUGGAAAAGCUAUAAGUCAUGCACAAAUCAACAACAAUCGACCAGCAUUCAAACUGGGUGGAAUCACAUCCUCAGUGCGGUUGGCUUCCGUUUACACUCAACGCCAUCAGCAGGAACGCUUUACGACGCUGCUUGGUUCAUCAGCGCAAGCAGCCAAAUACAUAAACUCAUCAUCAUAUCUAGCCAAGGGACAUCUUACCCCGGAUGGUGAUGCAGUGCUUGAUAGCUGGGCGGGUUCUACCUAUUUCUUUAUAAAUGCCGCUCCCGAAUGGCAGGUUGUUAAUGGUGGUAACUGGUUGCGUGUGGAGAAUGCGGCUCGUAAGGUGGCAUCACAGCUGGACGACACCGUGCACGUGUACAGCGGAGUGUACGACAUUCUUCGGCUGCCCGACAAGAACGGUAAUCCGGUUUCCGUAAGUCUGGGCGACGAUGGUACAGUCGAAGUACCGAAAUGGCUGUGGAAGGUGGUAGUUCAUCAGCAGUCCGGCAAGGGUAUUGCCCUCAUCUCGCUCAACAAUCCAUUCGCAACCGUGCCAGAAACUUUGUGCGAAGACAUUUGCUCACGGUACGGGUGGCAUCAGAAGGAGUUUCAGGAUCUGCGGAAGGGCUACACGCACUGCUGUAGUGUGCCAGCAGCGCAAAAAGCAAUCAAACUAAUACCCAAGUCAAUCAAGUGUAAUGAAAUGCUUGAGUUACGGUAAAACUGGGGGCAAUUUUAUAUUUUAUUUAAUACUAAUUAAAUUUAUUAAUUGAAUAAUUUUGUUUUACUAUACGGUGUAAUGAUUGUUAAAUAAAAGUAAAUUAAACUUAAAAAUUAGUUAAAUUUUAGUAAUUAGUAAAUAACGUUAAAUUUAACACGUAUUUAUACAUAAAAACCAAAUUAAAAAAUUAUUCAGGCAUUACAAAAAUAAAAAGCAAAAUAUCCUUAAUUAUAUUAGAGGGCGUACUAACAACUUAGGACAGACAUGCCAAACUUUUACUACAGCCCGAUAAGAACUGUUGAAAUGCAAAUGAUAAAUUGGA